AGGAAGUAAGUGCAGUGUGACAGAUCCUCCCUGUGGAAGACUGGCAGCUGUGGAUGUGCUGGUGCUGCAGAAGCUGCUGUACACGUGUUAUCUGUGCUGUCAGGAAAAAUAAUAAAGCUUAUUAUGGAACUUCAGUUUACUCCUCUUGAAUGUCUACAGGAAUCAGAGCACUUGAGUUGUGGACUUAUUAUUCUCAAUCAGCCACUGGACAGAAAUAUGUUGAAUCAGCUAUGGCGUAAAGCUAAAUUAAAAGCCUGUGCCGAUGGAGGAGCAAACCGUUUACAUCAUAUCACAGCUGGACACGAAGAUGAAUAUUUGCCUGAUUACAUCAGUGGAGAUUUUGAUUCAAUUCAGCCUUCAGUGAAGGAAUUCUACAAGAGUAAGGGAUGUGAACUAAUUGAAACACCAGACCAAGACUUUACAGACUUCACAAAGUGCCUUUCAAUCCUACAAGACAAAAUAAAGAAAAACAAAGUUGAGGUGGACGUCAUUGUGGUAUUGGGAGGACUUGGGGGACGCUUUGACCAGACUAUGGCUUCAGUGGAAACACUUUAUCAUGCUGUCAAAAUCACCUCUAUCCCAAUAAUAGUGAUUCAAGAUUCAUCUCUGAUCUAUCUGCUGCAGCCUGGAAAACAUAAGCUGCAUGUUGCAACAGGAAGAGAAGGGAAAUGGUGUGGCCUUAUUCCUGUGGGAUCACCUUGUAAUCGUGUAACUACAACUGGACUGAAGUGGAAUCUCUCUGCUGGAGUGUUGAAGUUUGGAACUUUGGUCAGCACAUCAAACGCCUAUGAUGGCUCUGGAAUUGUGACAGUGGAAACGGACAGUCCUCUAAUAUGGACCAUGGGCAUCCAGACAAAGACUGAUGAAUGAACACAAAUAUAGAGAUAAGGUCUCACUAGCAGCACAUCAAAGGAUAUCACGUUUGCUGAAAAAUGUCAAAUGCAUUGGUCAAUGUACUAAAGUAAUCUUAAGAAUAGAAAAGCUUGUUUCAAGGCAAACUUUAUUAAUCUGACACAUUCCAUAUCAGUCAGUCUGCUCAAAUGUUAAGUUUGUCUCUUCUAAUCAAAACUGCAUAGGAAAAAGUUUCAGGAAUGAAAAAAAAAGUUCAAUAGACUUCUUUAUACUGUAAACCUCUCUCUUUAUAUAAGGGUUAAUGCACCCACUAUGUCAAUUAUAUCAAUCUUUAAUUACAUACUGUAUAUUAAUAGUCACAUAAGAGUUUUGUGACCUGAAAUAUGAGGUGACUGCCAAUCUUAUAAUAAUCUAUAGUACAGGUGGAUUAUGCCUUAUACUGUCUAAUAUGUGUUUUCCUAAUGGGCUAUGAUGUCAUAAUUUCAUUGUUCAGAUAAAGUAAUCUGAAUUUACCAUUUGUACAGAUAUUUACAUGACUUGUGUAUUAUACAGAUAUGGUUGUAAAAGUCGACAUUUAAUUUCCUUGUACUGUAAAAACUUUUAUAUAUCUUCUCUUUUAGGGGUUUUCAUACUGUCUCAAUGAAAUGGUUUCUAUGUCAUUAUGAAUUACCAUUAUCACACAGCUAAAUCUGUAUAAUGAAUAAUGCUUAGCCAUUGUUUCCUACAUCCUGCUUUAUAUGUUUUGUUACACACUACGCAUUCCAUUGUCACUUUGCAAUGGAUUGUUUGUUUGUAUGCAUUAUAGUAAACAUGAACACGUGCCUAAA